AUGUAUAAAAUGGAGUAUUCUUACCUAAAUUCCUCUGCCUACGAGUCAUGUAUGGCCGGGAUGGACACGUCGAGCUUGGCAUCGGCCUAUGCGGACUUCAGUUCGUGCAGUCAAGCCAGUGGCUUUCAGUACAAUCCCAUCAGGACCACUUUCGGGGCCACCUCCGGCUGUCCGUCCCUCACGCCGGGGUCCUGCAGCCUGGGGACCCUGCGGGACCACCAGAGCAGCCCGUACGCCGCAGUUCCCUACAAGCUCUUCACGGAUCACGGCGGACUGAACGAGAAGAGGAAGCAGAGGCGUAUCCGGAACUUUACCAGUGCCCAACUCAAGGAGCUGGAGCGGGUUUUCGCUGAAACACACUACCCGGACAUCUAUACCAGAGAGGAGCUGGCACUUAAAAUCGAUCUGACUGAAGCCAGAGUGCAGGUGUGGUUCCAAAACCGACGUGCAAAGUUCCGCAAACAGGAGCGUGCUGCAGCAGCGGCCGCGGCUGCUGCCAAAUCCAGUUCUGGAAAGAAAUCCGACUCCAGAGAUGACGACAGCAAAGAGACCAAAUCUACCGACCCCGACAGCACAGGAGGCCCAGGCCCGAACCUCCCCACCUCCAACUGCGGCGGACCGAGCCCCACCGGAGGCCAGGUUAAUACCUCUGGGAACGGACAGGUGGACCAGGUGAAGACCUCCGUGUCCACCGGCAUGGGGGUGACAGCACCGAGCCAAGGCUGGGCCACCGCCCCGGGGACCAUCACCUCUAUCCCGGACUCUUUGGGCGGUCCGUUCGCCAGCGUACUGUCCUCUUUGCAAAGACAGAACGGAGCCAAAGCUACAUUAGUAAAGACGAGCAUGUUCUAA